CACUCAAAAAGUCACUCGAAAAGUCACUCAAAAAGUCACUCAAAAAGUCACCCAAAAAGUCACCCAAAAAGUCACCCAAAAAGUCACCCAAAAAGUCACCCAAAAAGUCACCCAAAAAGUCACCCAAAAAGUCACCCAAAAAGUCACUCAAAAAAAAAGUCACCGAAAAAGUCACCGAAAAAGUCACCGAAAAAGUCACCGAAAAAGUCACUGAAAAAGUCACCGAAAAAGUCACCGAAAAAGUCACCGAAAAAGUCACUGAAAAAAAGUCAAAAAGUCACCGAAAAAGUCACCGAAAAAGUCACCGAAAAAGUCACGGAAAAAGUCACCGAAAAAGUCACGGAAAAAGUCAUCGAAAAAGUCACUGAAAAAGUCACCGAAAAAGUCACCGAAAAA